AAUUCUAAAAAUGAACAUCUGUUGAUGUACGUUGUCAAUCAAAAAUUUUUUUGGAUUCUCCUAAUAAUAUUUACAGUGUAAAAAAUUUUGGUAUGAAAAUGACAAAUCUACUGUGUACCCGGGGGUAAAACAGAUACAGGAUAAAAUUAUACUGCGAUGGUGAGGUGGCGCAUGUUCUUGUUGCUGGCCAUGCUGCUACUCCUCCCGACACGAUCCCACGCCAAGUUAGAGGACGACGACGAUGAUGAGAGGAGGAAUGAGGAAGAUGAUGAAGAUGAAGAAAGCGAAGACGAGGAAGAGGAUGACGUAGACGCUUCAGACAAGUCAGACACGGGUCCUGGGAGACGCGCGCCCGCCAUACUGCCGACACCAAAGACCGUGCCCGUAUCCAGAACGACUCCUAAACGCGCUCUAGAGUGUUACGUAUGCGCUUACAAGUCCGAAGCACCACUCAAAGCUUGCUUAGAUCCAACAAAAUACAGGGUACACACGAUAACGUGUCACAGUGUGGACGACAAGUGCUUCACGUCGGUGAUAGCGAAGGGCAACGCGUACGAGGCUGUGAUACGCGGCUGCCGCUCCGGCUGCGUCGGCUCGCCGGAGACUACCUGCUGUGAGUUGAACCGCUGCAACAACCAACCCUUGAAUAUGCCAGUGGUGGUGCCACAUUCGUUGAAGAACAAAUCAUCCAAAUCGUUCCCGCCCACUGUUUUCUUCUUCGUUACUGUACUUUUGUUAUUACAAACGGUGGGUAAAGUUGCCUUCGUCUGACAUAACUUUAUACCGUUCAAUCAAAUCACAUUUAAGAAUUAAAUCCAAUUAGAUUUAUUCGUAACAUAACAGUUUUUCUAAUACAAUUAUAUUUUGUUUAAAAUGUGGAUUGUAUUAUGAGUUUAAAGAUAUAUUUUUUUUGAUUUUAUACACAUUUAUGUACUUAUGAAGUAAUUCAAAUAGAUACAAAACUUUUGUGGAACAAGUUGUAAAUGUAAGUGAGUGAUGUUAGAUCUCAUCAAAGUUCUGUUUUGGUUUAGUUUUUGUAUUAAAGUGUUUGAUUUAUGG